CUUUUGAUUUUCAUCUCCUAAGAUGGCUGCUUAAUUAUUGCUAUUUUCAUCUCCUAUUCUAAGAUGGCUGUUUAAUUAUUGCUUAAGUUGUUUCAGCAGCGCGUAAGUUUGAUUCCAGUAUGUUGUCUCUUGUUUGUGCAUAGCUGUCUUUUUUUAAAUUAUCAGUACCCUUGGUCCUUCAAAAGAGGGAUCCCAAUGUAGCUUUGCAGGCGCCAACCAAACUAUUUUGCAUCUUGUAUUCAAGCUUCUGAAGAACCUAAGGUUUCAGUCAUAAAAAAAGAAUCUGAGAUUUUCUUUGUACUGUCUGGUUGUUCGUUUGGUUCCCAUAAUCAUAUGGUACGUCAAAAGAAAGAAAUGACUAAAUUAUUAGUUAUGAGAUUCAUAAAACAGAGUGAUGGUAAUUAAGAAAUUACAUGUUUGAUUUUGGAUUUGUGGUUUUUCUUCUAAGAAAACUCAAAUCUGCUCAGGAGAAUGAGGUGACUAAUGAUUUCCCCUCGGUUAUGCACGAAUCUUUUUAACUUGUUUUACAGAUAAACUGGUGGAUGGCAACAAUUAGGGUGCUGCUAAAAUUGCAAACAGUGGCAUCUUUGUUCGAUGUAAUGCUACCGACUCACACAAGCCAUAAGUAGAAAGGAUUACAAGGUCGCAAAUCACUUCUUGUCAUGUCCUUUUUCAGUCGUAGUCAUGAACACCUGUCUCCUAUUGUCUUGUCCAGAACAGAUAGAAAUACUUGUGUUUUGGAUAUUGAUUCAUAGAUAGCAUGAAAUUAAGGUGUUAAUUUUCAUGCUUUCUAGUAGACAAAUCCAAUAAAUUUUUGUUGCAACACUUAUAUUAUAAUUCACCUCUGACAACACGAGACAAAUGAUACUCUGGUCCAUAGUCAAACUCAGAUAGAUUUUGUUGUAAACAACAUUGAAGCUACUUCUAUGCUCCUUUAUGUCCUAAGAUUUGCUCAAAAGAACCUUCAGUGAUAUGUCCAUAACCAGAGUUUGCCACCAAGGAUAAAAAGAAACUUCAUUC